CUCAGUAACUAUGAGAUUCAUCUUAAAUGGUUGCUGCUCAUAACAGGAAGAAAUGGUUGUUGGUUAAGCCAUUGGCUUUUAGGAAUUUCCUUUUCCAGUUUGGACUGGUGUUCCAGUUACUAACUGAUCUGAAAGAACAGCGUAAAGAGAGUGGAAAGAAUAAACACAGUACUGGACAACAGAACUUGAAUACUAUCACCUAUGAAACAUUAAAAUACAUAUCAAAAACACCAUGCAGUCAUCAGAGUCCUGAGAUUGUCAGGGAAUUUCUUACAGCAAUGAAAAGCCACAAGUUGACCAAAGCUGAAAAACUUCAGCUGCUGAAUCACAGGCCUAUGACUGCUGUUGAGAUCCAGCUGAUGGUGGAAGAGAGUGAAGAACGGCUCACAGAGGAGCAGAUCGAAGCGCUCCUCCACACGGUCACAAGCAUUCUGCCUGCAGGGCCAGAGGCUGAGCAGAAGAAAACUACCGGCUGUGACGUGACAAUGGAUGAAGAGGACCUGGCAUAGAAGAGCACAACUGGGCCAAGCAUCUCAUGAAGUUGAAAGGCCAGCAGCUGUUUUUCAGACAGAGGACUGUUUGUUUAGUUUUACCCUCUAUCCCAACAGACCUGAUUUCAUGGUUGGUUAGUUGGGUAAAUCACAAAAAUAAGCCUUUCUAAAAAAUAAACUGAAGAGAGAAAUAUCUUUGCAUCCAGGAGAAGAAACAUGGUGAAGACAGGCUGAGGUUGUCAGGGCAGAGAGCUAAAGAAAGGAGGGCCUAGUCAAAGAGGACAAUGACUGGGGAACCCUCUGUGGGAAAAAUAAUUCUUUUGUGGCCUUUGCCACAAUUGUGAGAAAGUCCUUUAUAUGCCGCUAGUACAAUACUUGCAUUGCCUUUGUGGGCUGUCCAACAAAUUAUCUUCAUCUACUUCCUCAGGGACUUCCCAAGCAGGGGCGCAGAGUGCUGUUGGGAUGAGAACUGAGUUAGCAGAAUCCAGUUAGGUGGCUAAUCACUCCUAGACCAGCUCUAGGUAAACGUGAGCUGCUGAACUUGACUCACCUUAGAGCAGGGGUUCUCAACCUGUGGGUCGCGACCCCUUUGGGGGUCGAACGACCCUUUCACAGGGGUC